CUCCAUUUUCUAUUACACACAAGAAAGAGACAAACACAGAGAAAAUGGGCGUGAAAGUGCAUGGUCUUGCUCUCUCGACAUGCACAUCUCGUGUCUUAACCAUUCUCCAUGAAAAAGGCCUUGAUUUUGAGCUGCUCCCUGUUAACCUUCUUGCAGGAGAACACAAGCAGCCCCAUUUCCUCGCCAAAAAUCCCUUUGGACAGAUUCCAGUGCUCGAAGAUGGUGAUCUCACUCUUUUUGAGUCAAGAGCUAUCACUGCAUAUGUGGCUGAGAAAUUCAAGGAAAAUGGUGUUGAUCUGAUCAGGCACAACAACCUCAAUGAGGCAGCUCUGGUCAAGGUCUGGACAGAAGUGGAGUCCCAGAGUUUCCAUCCUGCAAUCUCUCCCAUUGUCUUCCAACAUAUCAUCGUCCCCAUGCGUGGACAGACACCGGAUCAGGCCGUCAUCGACGCCAACUUGGAGAAGCUCGCGAAAGUUCUGGACGUGUACGAGGCCAGGCUGAGUAGCACCAAGUACCUGGCUGGUGAUUUCUACAGCCUUGCUGAUCUCCACCACCUUCCCUACACUUACUACUUCAUGAAGACUCCGUGGGCGUCGUUGGUGAAUGAACGUCCUCACGUUAAGGCUUGGUGGGAGGACAUUUCAUCUAGGCCUGCUUUCAAGAAGGUGGCCGAGGCUAUGACCUUGGGACAAAAGUAGUGUCCAGAGACGAAAAUUGGGCAUAAACAGAAUUUUCCGUCAUUAUAAGGUGGACUUGAAUCUCUCCGCUAGAAUAAGUGCUUUCCAUCAUUAGAAGGCAGACUUGAAUCUCUCUGCCAGAAUAAGUGCUUUCCGUCGUUAGAAGGCAUACUUGAUUCUCUCUGCUAUAAAAAGUGCAUUAAUAACUGUGAUGGACCCAUUGUUCUUGAUUUUAUGCCAAAUUUCUAAAAGUUCGAUUUU